AUGCGGCGUCAUGGCAGGGCCGCUGGAGGGACAAAGGCCGUCACACCCAUGCCAGAAACUGUCUCGUUGAUACAUUCCUUCGAUUCCGUCUCGAAUCCCAAUCGUCCAGUUCGCCCAUCGCCGCUGGCCUCUUCACAUAUCAAGGCAUUACCGCUCGACCUUGUUGACCGUUUGCGCUCGUUUCCGCUCUUCCAAUCCACGCCGGAGUCGUUCCUCAUUGACAUCGGACAACACCUUCGCCCGCAACUCCACGCCGCUAAUGACUAUAUUUUGACAGAAGGAGAUGAAGCGAAAGCGAUGUACUGGCUGGUUCGAGGUGCAGUCGCCGUUACCUCAAGGGAUGGCGAGAGUAUCUACGCAGAGCUCAAGCCUGGCGCCUUUUUCGGUGAGAUCGGCGUGUUGAUGGACCGCCCGCGCACGGCAACCAUUGUCGCGCGAACGCGAUGUAUGCUUGUGGUGUUGACCAAAGAGGAUUUCCGAAAGAUCCUUCCUCGGUUUCCCGAGGUUGAAGGCGCGAUUCGGGAUGAGGCUCAGGAACGGUUGAUGAUCCUUGAGAGGAAGAAAAAAGAGACCUCCGUACCGGCAGUCGACCUUUCCAAUUAUCAAAUUCCCAAUAAUCAAUUUCGACGUGGCUCAAAGAGACUGCGAGACAGUCCCUCCAAGGAUGUGUCGUUUACCGAUCAGGACGGUCAUACCAUUCACCCAAUCAAUGGUAAUAAAAAGCGCAAAUCUCCAAGCCCUGUAAUGAAGGACAAAUCAUCCAGCGCGCUAGCGAAUGGACUCGUGAACGUUCGUCUAUUGCUUAAGGAAUUGCCAUUGUUCUCUGGUUUGCCUGCAGAUAUCCUUCACUUCCUAGGGCUCAAUGCCCAGCCACGGUCAUACCCACCUUUCACGGACAUCAUUCGACAGGAUUCCCAAGGAAGGGAAAUCUAUUUCAUCGUGCGAGGUGAGGUUGAAAUUCUCUCCGGGAGAACACAACCGUUGGAUGGCCUCCACCGCUCCAAGUCAAAUGGUAUUCAGCAUCCGGAGUUCGAGGUGAAAGCUCGUUUAAGACAAGGGCAAUACUUUGGGGAAGUUGUGAGUCUGUCUCUCGCACCACGCAGAACGGCGACAGUCCGCUCUGUAAGCUCUGUCGAAUGUUUGAUGAUUGGCGGAGAUGUCCUCUCCAAAUUCUGGGACAAAUGUCCCAAAAAUGUCCGUGACCAAGUUGAAGGCACGGCCAAGGAGAGGCUGCAGGCAGCAUCAGACGGCGACGUCGUCAUGACAGAGGAUCCUGCCCCUGAGCAAGUGGUCAAUGGAUUCGGUAUUGACGACAGAUUCAAAGCCGCCGCAUCCCGGAGGCAAUCGAUGCCCAUCUUGACCCUCACAGAAACGGAACUGGAUAGUUCCCAUCGCCAGUCUAAUGGAGUAGAUGACCAGACGGUACUGCGGCCGUCGGAUCCGGACCCUUAUAUAAACUUUGGAUUGGACAAUGUCCGAGAACGAAGUCGACGGGGAUCAGUCGCUCCACCGACGCCAGAGGAAGUCUCUGGAGAACAGCAUCGACCCUCGCCUUCACAAUCUCGCCGCGCGAGCUCUUCUUUUACUUAUACUGAAACAUCUGAAGUUUUCAAGUCCCAGGCGACUACACCGCGUCCUUCUGUGUCUGACAACUGUGGUAUAUUGCCCGACAGUAUACUGGUGCACAUCUUCCAAUGCCUUGAACUCCAUCACCUUCUUCGUCUCCGGGGUGUAUCUCUUCAUUGGUCUGAACUUCUGUCCAAGUCUGCGGAGCUGCUUCACCACUUGGACCUCAGUAUAUACAACCGAUCGCUUACGGAUGAUGUGCUGGUCAAUACAAUUUGUCCUUUCGCUGGAGAACGGCCGCGUUACAUUGAUAUCAGCAACUGCUUCCAUAUAACAGACGAGGGGUUCAAGAAAUUGGCCAAUACGUGUGGCGCAAACGUCGCAACAUGGAAAAUGAAGAGCGUAUGGGACGUCACCGCACCUGCUAUUCUUGAAAUGGCCAGUAGUGUUACUGGCUUAGAAGAGGUCGAUAUGAGCAAUUGCAGAAAAGUUGGAGACACUCUUCUGGCUCGAAUCCUUGGCUGGGUCGUUCCGGGGCCGCACAAGCCCAAUCAAGAACAAGGAAAGCCGGGCAAAGGGUCAACGUUGAAACCGACUAUGCAGACCACCGCUGGGACUGUAUAUGGGUGUCCCCGAUUAAAGCGACUGACACUGCAAUAUUGCAAACAUGUCACUGAUCGCUCGAUGCACCACAUUGCUGCUCAUGCUGCUCCUCGCAUAGAGGAAAUGGAUUUGACGCGCUGCACGACGAUCACGGACCAUGGGUUUCAAUUCUGGGGAAAUGCCCAGUUCAGUAGGCUGCGGAAACUUUGUUUGGCAGAUUGUACCUAUUUGACUGAUAACGCGAUCGUGUAUCUGACCACUGCUGCCAAGCAAUUACAGGAACUGGACCUGUCAUUCUGCUGCGCAUUGUCAGAUACAGCAACGCAAGUCCUCGCCCUCCAGUGCUCCCAGUUGACCUAUCUCAACAUGUCCUUCUGUGGUUCCGCGAUCUCCGACUCCUCAUUACACAGCAUUGGCCUUCAUCUCUUGCACAUGAAACGUCUUUCAGUCCGUGGCUGUGUCAGAGUUACUGGUGUUGGCGUCGAAGCAGUGGCUGAUGGAUGUCAUCAGUUACAGUCACUCGAUGUUAGCCAAUGCAAGAACCUCCUUCCAUGGCUCAAGGAAGGCGGGGCGGAGAGAUAUAAAAACAGGUUACGCAUUGAGACUGUUGUACAAAAUGCAAAAUUCAGAUGA